AUGUGUGGCCUCACCUCCGUAUUCUACCCCGACGGCGUCACGCCCCCGCCCGCGGAGGAGACCCGGCAGAAGCUGGAGGCGUCGUGCAAGAUGCUCGUUCACCGUGGCCCCGACUCCGAGGGCACGUAUGUCUCUCCCGAUGGCCGUCUCGGUUUCGGACACACCCGUCUCUCCAUCAUCGACUUGAAGACCGGCCAGCAGCCGCUCUCUGACGAGGAGGAGUACAUCCACUGCAUCGUCAACGGCGAGAUCUACGACCACGACCGCAUCCGCGCGGAGAUGGUCGAGCAGGGCUACGUCUUCAAGACGAAGUCCGACUCGGAGCUCGUCGUCCAACUAUACAAGCGCGACGGCUUCAACUGCCUCCGCGAUCUGCGCGGUGAAUGGGCGUUUGUGCUCUAUGACGCCCGACGCCGCCUGGUCUUCGCUGCCCGCGACAGACUGGGUAUCCGCCCCCUCCACUACACCUACCACAACGGCGCCAUCCUUUUCGCGAGCGAAAUCAAGGCCUUCAUUCCGUUGGGCUGGAAGCCGGAGUGGGACAUUGAGAGCAUCGUCGACAAUGGAGAGUUUGCGGACGAGCGUACCACCUUCAAGGGUGUCUCUAAGCUUGCCGCUGGCUUCUUCGCUGUCGCCCGCGCUGGUGGCACCCUCAAGACGGAGGCAUACUGGGACCUUAGCUACUCCGACGAGACAAAGGUCAAGUACACCCAGACCGUUGACGAGAUGAUCGAGACUACUCGGGAGCACCUCGUCAAGGCCGUCCAGCUGCGUUUGCGCUCGGAUGUGCCCCUCGCCUUCUAUCUUAGCGGUGGAAUUGACAGCUCUACGGUUGCGGGCAUCUCUCAGAAGCUGCUAAAGGAGAAGAACCCCGAUGCUACCAUCACCGUCUUCACCCUCCAUUAUAUUGAGGACCCUUCCACUGACGAGUCACCCCUUGCCGAGCACACUGCCGAAUUCAUUGGCGCCAACCUCGUCAAGGUCCCCACCACCGAAGCCUUGCUCGUUGAGGUCCUCGAGGAUACCAUCUACCACGGCGAGCAGCCCUCCGCCACUUUCCACGCUUGCGGCAAGACCCUUCUAUCCCGCGCUGUCAAGAAGGGUGGCUUCAAGGUCGUCUUGACUGGCGAGGGCUCCGACGAAAUUUUCGGUGGAUACCCCUGGUUCGGCCUUGACCUUCUCCAGGCUGCGGACCCAUCUGGCGAAGCUCUUGGCCUUGAUCUCCCCAACGAGAAGCAGCGUGCUGGCCUCCGUGCCGGCUACCAAGCCGCCAGUGGCUUGCCCGCUCGCCAGGCGAGCGAGAUGGCUCCCGAGCGGGCGAAUGCUCCCCGACCUCUUACCACCACCGCGUCCCACCUUGUCCCCGCCCGCGUCUUCUACGGUGUCAACACCGAGAUGCUGAAGCCCGAGGUCGUCGCUGCAUAUGGCGCCGUCGAUGUUGGCAGGCGGACGGAGGAGGGCGUUGAUGCGCGGGUGCGGGAGAUGUCGAUCUCGGGCCGCUGGCACCCAAUGCACGUGUCGCAGUACAUCACCACCAAGACGCUGCUUACCCGCGCCAUUCUGAGUGCCGUCGGCGACCGUGCCGACAUGAUGAACUCGAUUGAGAGCCGUGCUGCCUUCCUCGACCACCACCUCGUCGACUAUGUCAACAGCCUCCCUGCAUCACUUAAGAUGCGCCCCAUCGCCAACGCCCCCGACCAGAAGCCGCCCUACCAGCUCACCGAGAAGUGGAUCCUGCGCCAGGCCGCGAAGCCGUUCAUCUCGAACGAGGUGUACGAGCGGAAGAAGGUGAUCUACAACCCCCCGCCGGCGCCCGCGGCGAUCCAGGCGGACGGGCAGGGCGAGCUGCUCCCGCUGCAGAAGCACCUCAAGCAGCGCAUCACGAAGGAGACCGUCGAGCGCCUCGGGUUCAUCCGCUGGGACUACAUCAAGGAGCAGCUCGACGCGUACCUCGACCGCCCCGCAUUCCUCCCCAAGGGCGCGUUCGACCCCCGCGGCGGCAUGCUCAUGGCGGUGCUGAGCUAUGUCGUGCUGCAGGAGCGCUUUGGCAUCCCGACGUAUGUCGCUGCAUAG